AUGGAAAUUGGCUGCCGAGAGGGAGAAGCAGCAUGCUAUGGAAACCUAGGAGCAGUAUUUUCCUUCCUGCACGAAUAUGUCAAAAGAAAAGAAUAUUACGACAAAGAACUAGCGAUCAACAUGGAAACUGGUAACAUAGCGAGAGAAAUGGAAUGUUACAGACAGCUAGUACAUGUGUUUACUGAACUUGGUGAAGAUGCUGAGGCUGCAGAAUAUUAUAAAAAAGCAUCUGCGAUCAAAAUCAUAAUGGAAGAUUGUGGUAGGCAACACGAAGCAGACGAUUACAUCAGCUUAGGAACUAUUUCUUAUUCUCUUGGUAAAUAUGGCGAUGCAAUAAGAUCUUAUGACAAAGCACCUGCGAUCAAAAAGAAAAUUGGUGAUAGACUGGGAGAAGCAGAAUGUCAUUCAACGUUAGCUCAAGUGUUUCAAGCCAUUAAUAAUAUGGUGAAAGCGAAAGAAUGCUGUGAAAAAGCACUUGCGAUCGCAACUGAAAUUGGUGACAGAGAAAUGGAAGGAGUAUGUUUUUAUGACCUUGGAACAGUGUAUGCGUCUCUUGGUGAAUGCGUCAUGGCCGAAGAAUACCUCAAGAAGGCACUUUCAGUAAGCAAAGAUAUUGGAGACGCUAUCNAGAAAGAAGCAACAUGCUAUGGAAACCUAGGAGCAGUGUUUCGCUCUCUAGGUGAAUAUGUCAAGGCAAAAGAAUAUUACGACAAAGAACUAGCGAUCAGCAUGGAAACUGGUAACAUAGUGAUAGAAAUGGAAUCUUACAGACAGCUGGUACAUAUGUUUACUGAACUUGGUGAAGAUGCUGAGGCUGCAGAGUAUCAUAAAAAAGCAUCUGCGAUCAAAAUCACAAUGGAAGAUUGUGGUAGGCAACACGAAGCAGACGAUUACAUCAGCUUAGGAACUAUUUCUUAUUCUCUUGGUAAAUAUGGCGAUGCAAUAAGAUCUUAUGACAAAGCACUUGCGAUCAAAAAGAAAAUUGGUGACAGAAGGAAAGAAGCAGAAUGUCAUUCAAGGUUAGCCGAUGUGUUUACAGACAUUAAUAACAUGGUGAAAGCGAAAGAAUGUCGUGAAAAAGCACUUGCGAUCGCAACUGAAAUUGGUGACAUUCAAAUGGAAGGAAGCUGUUUUCUUGGCCUUGGAAGAGUGUAUGCGUCUCCUGGUGAAUACGUCAUGGCCGAAGAAUACCUCAAGAAGGCACUUUCAAUAAGCAAAGAUAUUGGAGACGGUAAAACUGAAUUUCACUGCUAUUUGUCUCUUACGUUAACGAAGCUAUCACAACAAAAGUUGGAGGACGCUUUCUCCUACCUGGAUCAAAGCACUGGAAAAUUCGAAGAACUGAGAGGACUUGUUGGAGACACCGAUCUAUUUAAGAUAUCCUUUGCAGACAAGAACGUUUUUCCGUACCACCUGCUCAAAUACUUCUCAUUUCAAUUUGUUACUCUGUGUUUUGGUUUGCAGGUAGAAUAUGAUGAAUUCAACUCCCUAUCAGUGUUAGGAACUGGUGGAGAUCCUCUCGUCAUUCCUCUGCCAAAUGCUGAGCUCCCUCUUCAGGUUCAGUUGGCCAUUGCAGGAGUUAUUGCUGCUGAUACUUCAGCCUACAAAGACCAAGUAGCGUCAUGGGAUGGAGAAAAGAGAGUGGUAUCCAAGCAUGCCAACAAUCUCUUGCAACUGGAUAAUGGUGUUAAAGUUCCUCCAAGAGGCUGGAAGUGUGCAAAGUGUGAUUUGAAAGACAAUUUGUGGCUCAACUUAACUGAUGGAACAAUCUUAUGUGGCAGAAGAUAUUUUGAUGGCUCUGGAGGUAACAACCAUGCUGUUGAUUAUUACAAAGAGACAGGUUAUCCUUUAGCUGUCAAACUUGGAACAAUUACACCUGAUGGGGCAGAUGUGUAUUCUUAUGAUGAGGAUGAUAUGGUUGAAGAUCCUAACCUAGCUCAGCAUCUUGCUCAUUUUGGAAUCAACAUUACUCAGAUGGAAAAGACUGACAAAACAAUGGCCGAGUUGGAAAUAGACAUCAACAUGAGGAUAAGAGAAUGGGAUGUCAUACAGGUGGGAAUACAACCUGGGUGUUUUUUUUUUCUUUGUAUUGCCAGUUCAAAGCAUGUUGAAGAAAGGACGCAGUGUAUGCAAUCAGGAAAAGUCCGUUACAACCACAGAGAAGAUACACUACUGUCAUUGUCUAUACCCAUGGAAGCAGUUCUUAAUAAAGAUGAAGUCGCGGCCUACGAAAUGAAACAGAAAGAAGCCGAAGAAAAGAAAGAAAGACUGGAUCCCAGUGAGCUAGUUCGGCCCAGGGUAUCCAUGACAGCAUGCAUUGAAGCCUUUGCUACUCCUGAAGUAGUGGACGACUUUUACAGCACAGCACUGCAGGCCAAAAGUGUGGCACAAAAAUCAACAAGAUUCUCCACGUUUCCAGAUUACCUGAUGGUCCAGAUGAAAAAAUUCACUCUUGGUGAUGACUGGAUUCCUAAGAAGCUCGGUAUGACUGGUUUUCUUGACAAUAACUUGGAACGUGCAGCGGAUUGGAUAUUUAGUCAUGCGCACGAACUUGACUCUACGGAAAGCCAGAGCCAAACUAACCAGGACACUGGACCCCAGUACAAAGAUGGAUCAGGAAAAUACCGCUUAAUUGCCUUCAUCAGUCACAUGGGCACCUCCACAAUGUGCGGGCAUUAUGUUUGUCACGUACUAAAAGAAGGAAGGUGGGUCAUUUUCAACGAUCGGAAAGUCGCCUUGUCAGAGAAACCUCCCAAAGAACUUGGCUAUUUGUAUUUGUACAAGCGAGUGGAUACUUAACGCGUACAGGCUUGUCUUUUGCCAGGUUCAGUUGGAUCUCGAGGAAAGCGCUUCUCUAGAGCCUUGGUAAUAUAGACUUGAAGUUAGACCUUGGUACACAACAACGACAGUCGAUUUCCAAAGUUAAAAAAAAAGGAAACUACAGUUGUUACGAGGAAGUUCUCAGUAGAUGACACAAGUGACAGCUUUGAGUUGGAACAGAAAAAAUUAAAUAUUGGCUCGUAAGGUUAUUACUACAA